UAUUUAAACGAAAGAGAAAAUCGAAAGUGAUACUGCAUCAAUGAUUUAAAGAAAAUAUAUAAGUAAAGAAUAAUAGAGAUAUAAUCAAAUGAGUUAUUAAACAGACUUAGUAAUUAAAAAUUGACACAAUUAUUGCACGUGUGAGUCACAGAAUAUAAUGGCAACUCCAACUAAUGGCAAUGGUAAUCUCGUCGAUGAGUUUGAAGAGGCAUUUCAGCAAUGCUUGAGCAUAUUGACAAAGGAUGAAGGAUUAAGUAAUAAUGGGAUUGGUAUAUCUAAUGGUGUGGCAGUAGAUAAAGAUGAAGCUCGCACAGAAGUGGAACAAGUUACUCUGAGAUUUAUAGAUUUGGCUAGACAAAUGGAAGCUUUCUUCCUACAAAAGAGAUUUUUACUGUCUGCAUUAAAGCCUGAAUUAGUCGUCAAAGAAGAUAUUAAUGAUUUAAAAUUGGAAUUGGGUCGUAAAGAUGAACUUAUAAAGCGGCAUUAUGACAAAAUUGCUGUAUGGCAGAGUCUUUUGGCAGAUUUACAAGGAUGGGCUAAAUCUCCAGCUCAAGGUCCACCAGCACCUAAUGGACUAUCUACUGGAGCUCAAAGUGGACAAACUCAGCAAGCUGGAAAUGGGAGCAAUAAUACUUCUAUGCAACAACAACAACAGCAAAUACUGCAACAUCAGCAACAACUGCAGCAACAACAACAGUUACAACACCUACAGCAACAUCAGAUGCAGCAGCAACAAUUACAUCAGCAACAGGUACAACAGGGGUCAGGUGGACCACCAGCGUCUGGUCUACAGGGAGUUGGCGUAUCGGUCAAUCAGCAAGGCAUGUUCAUGACUCAGGGUGGUGUGGGUGUGAGCGGUGGCAGGGGCGCCACUGGGUUUCCAGUUGCAGGUGUAGGAAGUAGCGCACUUCAAGGGCCACUGGCUUUUCUAGAAAAGACAACGAGCAACAUAGGGAUGCCGGAAAGGCGGAGUUGACGCGGAAGGGGAAGGGGCCGGGGCCGGGGUCGUGGUAGAGGCCGAGGCAGAGGAAGAGGCGGUGGUGGUAGUCUGCCGCCGCCGCCACCGCUUCUCGAUCCUUCAGACCCGUCGUCCUAUGCUGCUGCCGCUGCGGUCGCAGCUGCCGCGGCGGCGCCCCUUCCCUCACCGCAGCAACAACCACCACCUUGCACGUGAAUGUGUAAUAUAUAUGGCGUUCCAUUUCUUAUCUUGAGAAAAAGAGAUAGACUAGAUAUACUCUGUAACUUGAAAGUCGAGUGCUAUUGUUAUGGAACUUGUGUUUGGAUUCUCACAGACCCGAAUAUGUAUCAUUUAGUAGUGGUAAUAUUUAGUGAUGGUGAUGAUGAUGGCGACAGUUAAGUCACACGGAGAUUAGUGUCGCGGUGAUUAGGUUCUUUGUAUAUUGUAUGUGUGUAUGUGUGUGUGUACUUGUAUGCGUGCAUGCAUGUAUGAAAAUGAUAUGAUAUACAAUAUGAAUAUGUACAAAUUAGAACAUCGCUGGUGAUUUGUCAUGUGCUUAUUUCAUCUCAACGAUGAACGCAGCCUCUUUAAUAAUGUCAAUUUUUAUUUCUAUCUAGUUUCAGAUUCACGUUACGCAUAU